GCAAGAUCCACACGGUCAACGUCGCGGCGGACGGGCAGGGCCAGUCCGCGGGCGCGAGCAGGGGGGGGAGGGGGCGCGCGAGGAGGAGGAGGAAUGGGGUUACGGAACGGGAUGCGGCUGCGCAGUUUCUGGAGAGGACGGGUAGUGGUAGUGGUAGUGGGCGGCCAGGCAGCAGCAGCAGCAGCAGUAGCAGGACGCUCGAGGAGCGCAUGCAGCGGUACCACCAGCGGCAGCGGAUGCAGCAGGAGCAGCAGCUCAGGACCCAAUCGCUGCUCCCCGCGGCGAACCAGCCACAGCCACGACCACAACCACAACCGCAACGCCCGUUUCCGGUAGCCAAGCCCCCGAUGACGGCGGACCGGCAACGCGCGCGCUCGGAUGAUGUCACCACGGCAGCCGCGACCCGACGCCAGCGAG